AUGGAACAUACAUACCAAUAUUCAUGGAUCAUCCCUGUCCUUACACUUCCAGUCCCUAUGUUACUAGGACUCGGACUCCUACUUUUUCCGGCAGCAAUAAAAAAACGUCGUCGUAUCUGGGCUUUUACAAGCGUUUUCUUUUUAAGUAUAGUUCUUAUUUUUUCAAUCGAUCCCUCUAUUCAGCACAUAAAUAAUGGUUCGAUUUAUCAAUACGUAUGGUCUUGGACUAUCAAUAAUGAUUUUUCUUUAGAGUUCGGAUACUUAAUUGACCCGCUUACUUCUAUUUUGUCAAUAUUAAUUACUACAGUUGGAAUUUUGGUUCUUAUUUAUAGUGACAAUUAUAUGUCUCAUGAUCAAGGGUAUUUGAGAUUUUUUGCGUAUAUGAGUUUUUUCAAUAAUUUAAUGUUAGCAUUAGUUACUAGUUCGAAUUUGAUACAAAAAUAG